AGCAACCUUGGGUCAAUGAAGUAAUCCAUACUUGUAAAGGGCUUAAAGCACUUGCAUCUUUAUUAUGACAUACUGUUUUGAUGCAGUACCAUGGUUAUUGAAACAUUUGUCCUUCAUGCUCGUUUAGGAGACGCAAGCUAUGGAGAAAUGCCUAGCGUUCUGAUUUAAGGAAAAUGCCAGUCCAGAACAAUGAUGUAUCUAGCAAUAAAUGAAAACUAAUCUAUUCGCAUGGAUUAAUCAAGUGCAUAUACUACCGUACAUUAUAAAUAUUAAAACUACAUGCCUGACUGUCUGAACUGUCUUUUCACUGGCAGCUCUUCAAAGCUCAGGAACACUCCAACUUGUCCAUGAGUCCUUGAAUGAUCCAGCCAUCUGCCUGUCUGAAACAGCAAGAGGUCAUGGAGGAUUCCACAGAGGUGUGGACUGACGGCAACUCCCUUCUAAAGGCCGUUUAUCUUUGCCGUUUGCGGCUGACGCGUCUGCUCGUGGAAGGCGGGGCUUAUAUUAAUGAAAGCAACGAGCGUGGAGAGACCCCACUGAUGAUUGCAUGCAAGACUCACUAUACCGAUGCUCAGUGUGUGCCCAAGCACAAGAUAGUCAGGUAUCUGCUGGAGAAUGGUGCCGACCCAAAUAUCCAGGACAAAUCUGGUAAGACAGCUCUAAUGCAUGCCUGUGUCGAGCGAGCUGGGGAGGAGGUUUUGUCCCAGCUGCUGUCCAGUGGAGCCGACCUGAGUUUAGAGGACCACUCUGGUUCCUCUGCACUAGUGUAUGCUGUUAACGCUGGCGACAAGGAAGCUCUGCGAGUGUUACUAGAUGCCUGCAAGGCCAAAGGCAAGGAGGUCAUCAUUAUUACCACAGAUAAACUCCCCUCUGGUAGACACAUGACCAAACAGUAUCUGAAUGUCCCUCCACCACCAGAUUUGGAGGAUCGGUUGUAUUGUGUCCCUACCAUGUGCAUGUCACCCUCUGAAAUUAAACUGUCUCCGUCUCGUGUCUCCUCCCAUUCAAGCCAGUCACAAAAUGCCCUUUUACACCUGGCAGAAAACCAAGCAAUGGGUUCGACCCCUGCAACCGCUGCUAAUUCAAGGGCAGGGUCACCUACACGGGACCCAAGCCCAUUGCAAGCUGCUGGUGUAGCCAGGCUUCUUCACCUUCAAAGGUUACACUCAGAGCCAUGGCUAAAGAUCCCAUCAUCCCUGUUGCUGCAGCAAAACAAGGCCUCGUCCUUCACAGAGGAGCUCCUGGAUAUCACCCCAGAAGAACAGCUCUCUCUCGACUGUAACAGCCAUCGUCGUUUGUCUCAAAGAGCACCACCAGUUGCGCGUCAUCAAAGCAUGGAUGCCACUGGUCUUCUCAGAGCCUUGGACAAAGCAACUGAAGCAGAGAAGGAACAAAAGAAGGAGAUGAAGUGGCUAAGUGAGAAAAUGUCUCAUGAUGGUGUUUCACUGCCACAUAUGGACAAAGACCCAGACUGCUUGCCCAGCCUGGCUGUGUCCAGCCUGAAGGAUGUUGUGCGCCGCCGCAACAUUGGGAUGGACCACUACAGCUCAGACUCGCAACUUCCUCAGUUUGGGAGUCAGCACUCAGAUGAGCUUUGCAAAGUUGGCACAGUGGAAGGAGGGGGAACGGAAAAGCGCAAGCUAGUUUACAGCAGAUCAUCCACCCUCUCUGGCUCAAGGGAGUCUCUGGAAAACGUAAUCCACAGGAGAAGCCCAGCGAUGAUGGAGCGCAGAGGAUCUGGGGCUCUUUCACUAGAUCAUAUCACACAGACUCGUCCAGGCUACCUGCCGCCACUAAACCUACAUGCGCCCCUUCCAGAUAUCAAAGUUAACAUCACCAGCACUAGCGCUGAUCGGGGAACCAAACCUGGUCCCGCCACUGCAGCUAGAACUGUAACUAUACCUGUUGCUCCUGGCCAGAGGCAUUUUGUGCCCUGUGCCCCGAGCCUUCCCCGAGACCAGAAGACCCAAAAGACACUGCUAAGAAGACACUCCAUGCAAACAGAGCAGAUUAAGCACCUGGCCAACUUCGGGGAGAUUUUUGGACAAUAAAGUGAAUUAAUGUACAUUUUGCACAGUGCUGUAUCAGAUAAAGUCAAUGCUCACAUUUAUGGAAAUAA